CUCAGCUCUGCGCUCCGUGUCCCCGCUCUGCCCAGUGCCUGCCCCACUGGAACCCCCGUCCCAAGCCCCGGAGCAGCACCUCAGCAAGGUUCAGCAAUGAUGGACACAUUCUUGGGUUUUUGGCACCACUUGUCAGCGUCUCACUAGAAAUGUUUUUUCCAAUCAGUCAGUCUGGAGCUGACUGAUAAAUAUGGGAUGUGCUUCGGCAAAGCAUGUAUCUACAGUACAAAAUGAGGACGAUGCACAGAACGGCAAAAAUUACCAAAAUGGAGAUGCCUUUUGUGAUGAAUACAGGAUUAAGCCAGUUGAAGAAGUCAAAUACAUGAAAAAUGGGGAAGAAGAGGAGCAGAAGGUUGUUUCAAGGAACCAGGAGAACUUGGAGAAAAGUGUCACCCAUGCUGCCCGAUCCAGAAGUAACGUUGAAGCUGCAGGCGCAGGACAUCCCUAUCGAAUAAAUAUCCACAUCUCUGAGAGCCAGCAGGAGUUCUUCAGGAUGCUGGAUGAAAAAAUUGAAAAGGGACAAGAUUACUGCUCAGAAGAGGAGGAUAUAACAUAGCUUCAAUUCAAAAUAUGUGUAAAUAUCUUAACACACCGAGUGGGGCUCUGGCAAUGUAUCUCCCUAAAUGCUACAGCAAAAUGCCGCUGUGGACUCCUAUCGUUUUGCUGCGAACCUAGAACAUUGUCUCUCUGCAAUUGUUUCUAUCGCAUCUUUUAUUGCGGCACACUGUCUUCUACUAAGAAGCUCGAUGGGUUUGGUAGGAGAUUUUAUUGCUUCCGAUUUGGAUAUAACUAUUUCACAACCGGAGGAGCCAAUCAAUGUAUUCCUUGGCCUAAAAGCACCAGUGGAGUGAGGGUUUAACUUGGCCAAAAAGGAACUAAUAUUGAUGAUCUCCGUAUCACGGACUGCUUCCUGUUUCUUCCUCCUGCUGUGUUUCAGGAAAAGAUGUUCCAACCGGUAGUGGAGGGAUUUGAGAUGUCGUUUGUUCUAAUUGCACAUACCACAGUCUGCAAAUCAUAUGAAUCUCCCACAUUUUUUUCUACUAAAAUAAAUGUUAGUGAGUUUAUGUUUUUUUUUUUUUUUAUGUUUUGGGGGUUUUGCAGACAUUGUUCUGGCAUUUUAACCACAUGCAUUACAUAUAUGUGCCUAAGUGUGGGUAAUUAGUUAUCAUUAUGGCUGUAUGCACAUUUUGCUUUUGUGACAUGAGGCAGAGGUGCUUCUGGGUAGAAGCUACAGUGCAGGCUGCUGUGAUUGUAUGUACAAGUUCUCUAUGUAACUGUGCUCCAUGCAGACAAUUAUUCAUUAGAACAUAAAAUGCUAAUGUUUGGAUAACGUUUCAGUCUGUUUCCAAAAGUACCUGCCAGACGUGAGCAAAUGCGGGAGCCAUGUUUGAGCGACAAUCGCCCAUCGGAACAGGCAGCAUCUACAUAAAGUGAAUGGGUGCAAUUUAAAGCAUGUAGUCCCCCACCUGCAGUGCUACAAAACACUGCAGAUCACCCUGUGUGGCAUUACCCUAAAGCAGAAUAUUAGGCAUGAUCAGUGGUCUUAAUAUAAGUCACUAGUAAUGAGUGGCAGAACUGUGUGAAAAUGCCCGGUGUAUCCCAGCAAAUGUAACAGCAGAAAACUGGCUCUAACUAAACGCCUGUCAUAAACAAUGUGCAGUGUUCUCAGGUGAAAACUUGUAAUUUUCUUUUCUUGAUCCUUUUUACAUUCACACUGAAGGCUUUGGUUGUGUCCAGUUUAUAUUUGUUGCUCCUACUGGUCGGAUGGAAGAAAUCCCCAUUGACUUCUAUGAGAAUAUGUUGUGCUCUCUGGAGACUACACGAACUGUAGGUCCAGAGCAGCUGGUGGGCCCCCAUAUUGUAGCUCCUGCCUAACUAGUCUGAAGCGAGGGAGUUGUGUGAAUGCAUAAAUGUGUUGUUGCCUGUAGCCCAUCAGCAUAUAUACAUCAGUGCUGCUGUCAUACUGGGUGAGUACAUACACUGAGCUUAGCUUUUAUUUCUCCUGAUAGACUUUCUGGUCUUGUCUAUGGAAGUAUGUUGACUGUCGAACAACAGCAGUGACCUAAUAUUUUUUUUUUUCCCACGUACACUGGCUAUUUAUGUUAUGCACAGAUGGAAUAUUGCUGUCUGCCUCUUGCUCCAUUCGCUCCCCCCACUGUGAGAAAGACCCAUUUAACUCAAGUCAGGGAAUGAAGGGAUAAGGGAUUGUAUUCUGGCAAAGGGCUGCUCAUGGCAUGCGUUCACAAAGUAAAGUGUGUGCGUUCACAUAUACAUCAAGAUACUGGUGCAGCUUCCCCUCACAUUAUCAUGCCGUAUUUAUUCAGUAUAACAGUGGGUGCACGCUCAAUCUCUGUUUUGUGUCCCAUUUGCUUACAUCAUGUUGCUGAGUAUCCCACCAUUAUCCCCCAAGUUCUGAAGUGCCUCGGGCAGUUAUUCAAUUCAUAUACAUGAGUUGGGGUUUUCACUUUCAAGGGUUUCAUCUUGAGACGUGCCCAGUAUAUACAAGAAUUUAUGGACCGGUUUAUAAACUGUAGAAAUAAGAAUCCCCUCUUUCCUAAGGGCUUUCAUUGACAAAAUUAGUAGUUCACUUUUAAAGGGAAAUGACACCUCCCCUUUUGACAUAAGCUCAUUCAGUUGGGCUUAUGAUAAAAAUGUGUAUAAACCCUAUGUGGACUGCCAGAAAUAAAUAUAAAUGUAUGAUUGCACAGACAUACCUGUUUAUACCUGUUUAUCACCUUGUUUUGUUGUGAAAUGAUGGAUUCUGGCACUUGAAGUCCCCCUUGCUUUCCAGAGAAUCUGGACAUGUAGAUAAAUGGGGAGCACAAGUCACACUUUAACUGUGCAAAUGGUUCUUGGUGGUGCUGCUCCUGGACACACCGCUACAUCACCAUUAGACACCAAUAUUGUAUGAAGUUGAAGCACUCUGCAUUUCUUGCUUUGCAAUUUGUAAUUUUAUUUAGCCAGUUUUACCGCAAGAACAACAUUUCAGGGGAGUCUGCACCACCUAGCCUGACAAAAGAAGGUGCAGACGCCCCAAUUGUUGUUCUUGUUGUGUAACUAAAUUAACAAAUUGCAAAACAAGAAAUGGUGAGUGUGUUGACAUAAUACAAUUUUUGGAUCCAGAGAAUCUGGGCACCACCCGUUAUGGAAAGCACAGGUCCUAGAAUCCAUCACUUCCCAACUAAACAAUGUGAGGGGAGGGGAUGAGUUACACUAUGAGCCUAAGGAGGGGGUUGUGUGAAUAUCAUGGUUUCCUUUCAAUCUGCUGAAUCAGGUCUGUAUGAAAAGAAAUACAUUUAUAUUUGGUGGUUCAGAUCAUGUUUAUGCUUUUCUACAUAAGCUCAACUGACGUCAUUUUAAAAUAGGGGUAAAAUAUUUAGUAUAAUGUAAAAAAA